CAAGCAGUCGGGCAGAGAUUCCUCAGCUGCACGGGAGCUUUAGUCAUGAAAAUGUUGCUGUCCUGGUCUGUAGCCAUGAAGAGAAGGGGGUGAAGCAAGUCUGCCUGGAGAAAUCAGAAGUUCUUGGAAGUUUCAAAGGGGCUUAGUGCCAGCUGCUGCAGAAGGUUUUGCCAAGCCAACCCAGAUGAAUAGAUGAAAUGCCUCGAACUUAAGUGAACGAUCGCUGCUUGAACCAGGAGCCCCGCGAAGGGAGCAGUGGGAACACGUGGAUGAAGUUCUUGCCAUGCACUGAGCAGCACAGCAUCAAGCGCGAAGCUCGGGGAAGAUGUCUGCUUGCAACACGUUCACUGAGCACGUCUGGAAGCCUGGAGAAUGUAAGAACUGCUUCAAGCCUAAAAGCUUGCACCAGUUACCCCCAGACUCCGAAAAGAAAAACCUCUCCCAUGGAAAUCUGAAAACCAAUGCAAACCAAAGCAACAGCCAUCGCAGCAGAAAUACAGGGAAUUUCCGUCCACCUGUGGCAAAGAAACCCACUAUAGCUGUGAAACCCACCAUGAUGGUGGUAGAUGGGCAGGGUGUGUGCAGUGAAAUCAGUGCCCCGGAUCAUUGCGAGAAUAAAUCAGGGCCCGCUGGGUGGAACCGAAACAAAGCUGUCUUGAACAAAAAACCACUGAACAAUAAUAAUGAAGAUGAAAUUGAAGGUUAUAGCCAUGUUCAUAGGCCUUAUGGCAACAAUGAUGGCAUGAGUAAGAUACCAAGUAACAAUAAUAAUGGACUGACAGAAGUGUUGAAGGAGAUUGCAGGUUUGGAUACCACACCUCAGCUACCUGGAAAUGAAAUGAACUCGAGAGAGACCUUCUUGGGAAGAAUAAAUAAUUGCUAUAAAAGAUCACUGGAAAGAAAGAUCCCUCCAAGCUGCAUGAUGGGUGGAAUGAAGGAUUCGCACAGUAAGCAUGUUAUUCUGAGUGGAAGCACUGAAGUCAUAAGUAAUGAAGGCGGCCGUUUCUGUUAUCCAGAGUUCUCUAGUGGAGAUGAGAGUGAGGAUGAUACAUUUUUUGGCAGCAUGCAAGAAGAGCACGAGAGCUGGGAUGAAAGCGAUGAAGAGCUGCUAGCAAUGGAAAUCCGCAUGAGGGGCCAGCCUCGCUUUGCGAAUUUUAGAGCUAACACGCUCUCUCCUGUUCAGUUCUGUGUUGACAAAAAAUGGAAUACCGUGCCCCUCCGAAACAAGUCUCUCCAGCGGAUCUGCGCAGUGGACUAUGAUGAUAGUUACGAUGAAAUUUUAAAUGGCUAUGGGGAAGAGGUGAUCCUCUACGGGCAGGAGAGCAUGCAGAGCAUGGUAUCCUCCGAUUCCACAUCUCCCGAUUCUUCUUUGACUGAAGAGUCUCGUUCCGGAACGGCCAGCAGCUCCUCGCAGAAGCUCUGCAACGGGGGCUUAUCUCCCAGUACUCCUCAGGACGUCAAGCUGAUUGAUCCGGAGUAUGAAAGUCUGUGUGGCGAUCAGCAGGUGAAGGAUGUGUCAAAAGUUUCUCGAAAUGCCCCAAAAGGUCUAGAAACCCACAAGGCAGUCCUUGCUCUUCGACUGGAGGAGAAAGAUGGCAAAAUUGCCGUGCAGACUGAUAAGCAAGAGAAUAAAAGUUCUUCAGAUGUUGCUGGUCAAGCUGUGACUAUAAAUCUGGUGCCUGUGGAAGAGCAAGCCAAGCCUUACAGGGUAGUGAACAUGGAACAGCCAGUUUGCAAGCCAUAUACCGUAGUAGAUGUAUCAGCUGCCAUGACCAGUGAAUGUAAGGAGAAUCAGACCGAAACCUCAGAAACCAAAAGCACAUCAUCUAGCCCAAAUUCACCAGGAGCUGCCGGCACACCUCUCGCAUCCUCUGCAGCUUCACCUGCACGAGUCAAUGCUAAUCUGAAAAAAUCCAGCGCAAUUAGGUAUCAGGAAGUGUGGACUUCUAGCACUAGCCCAAGACAGAAGAUACCGAAGGUGGAGUUAAUUGCUAGCAGCUCAGGACCUUCUGUUCCUCCUAGAAAGGCCAGCCACAAGUCGGCUCCUACUUCACCAACAGCUACAAAUGUUUCUUCAAAAACUAUCCCAGUUAAGUCUCCCAAUUUAUCAGAAAUAAAAUUCAACAGCUACAACAACGCUGGAAUGCCACCUUUUCCCAUUAUAAUUCAUGAUGAGCCUACUUACGCAAAGAGUUCCAAAAAUGCUAUUAAAGUUCCCAUUGUAAUUAAUCCAAAUGCCUAUGAUAAUCUGGCUAUCUAUAAAAGUUUUCUAGGGACCAGCGGAGAGCUCUCUGUCAAAGAUAAAACUACAAGUGUAAUAAGCCACACGUACGAAGAAAUAGAAACGGAAAGCAAGCGGAGUGAAACUGCAGGGAACAAGCACGCUGAGCCUGCUCAGGGCAAGGGGGGCACUACCAGCACAGAGUGCAGGCUGGGCUCCGUGGCGCAGAAGGUCCAGGAGUUUAACAGCUGCCUCGGCAAAGGUCAGAUAUCACCACAGAGGAGUCACAGUUCUGACCACAGUUCCCCACCGAAAAUUCAAAAGACAAGUCAAGAGCCUGCAGCAAAAAUAGAAGGAACGCCGGAGGCUUCUGCAGGCAGCAGCAGCAGCAGAGAGAAUGCGAGCGCGGUGCUUUCCCAGAUCGUGGCCUCCAUCCAGCCUCCCCAGACUCCUCCACAAACACCUCAGGCUGGACCCAAAACUUGUAGUGCAGAAGAGCUCUAUUCCUUACCCCCUGAUGCAGACGCUACUAAAAACACCCUGGUACGGCCCAAAUCUCUGUUUACACCACAGGCUGAAGUGGAGUCGCCCAAGACUCUGGACAGCGCUGCCACGAAAGCGCAGAAAGAUGCAGGAGCGCAGCCAGGCGCCACCCCUUCCCCAAAGCCAGGGAGAGGCCUGCAAAACACCACGAGUCCCAAAGCGGAGCAGGCGCCACCCUUUCCUCCGCCAAGGUCCACGUCUUCACCCUACCACGCAAGUAACUUGUUGCAAAGACAUUUCAGCAAUUGGGCCAAACCGACUAGUCCCACUCGGUCGACGGAGGCCGAGUCGAUCCUCCAUUCCGAGGGCCGCCGAGCUGCAGACGCGAAGCCCAAGCGCUGGAUAUCUUUUAAGAGCUUCUUCCGCCGCCGAAAGACCGAUGAGGAGGAAGACAAAGAGAAGGAAAGAGAGAAGGGAAAGCUGGUGGGUCUCGAUGGGACUGUUAUACAUAUGCUCCCCCCUCCUCCGGUCCAACGGCAUCAUUGGUUCAGCGAGUCCAAAUCCGACUCCAGCGAGAAGCCCUCCAUUGUGUUCAUGUACAGAUGUGAGCCAGCCCAAGGCGAAGCGAGGGCUGAGCGUCAGAACGCGGCUGCCGUGGAGUCUGCCCUCGCCGGCGCGCUCGCAAAGGACAAGGGAGAAACACAGGAAAACGCUCCGGAGAGCUCCGAGCAGAAAACAAAGAGCUGUUCUUCACCAUCCCAGACUCCCAGGAAAAUCCCCAGUCAAGUACCCGAUGAGACGACGGUGGAGGAGUUGUCCCCUCGCGUGCCCAGGGCCGUGUUCGUGAAGCAGGACAAUGGCGGCAGCGCCUCCGUCAUCCCGGUGUCGUCCCUCCGCGCGCCGCACGCGGAGGAGGACAAGGAGGAAGCUGCGAGUUCUCCGGACGGGAACCCUUGCAGCGCUACGUACAGCAACUUAGGCCAAUCCAGAGCAGCCAUGAUACCUCCAAAGCAGCCAAGGCAACCAAAGGGAGCUUUGGAUGAUGCCAUUGCCUUUGGAGGACUGGUUGACCAGGAGAUACUGAGCAGCUUACAGCCAACGCCACCGCCGCUGCCAAAGAAAACCAUUUUGAGAGCGAACACAGAGCCAACUCCCAGAGAUCUCCAGAAGCAAGCUCUGGAGAACAACCUGUGCAUCGUGGCCAAUCCCACCUAUGACAUUGACACCAACUGGGAAGCGAGCAGCGCCUGCUCGUCGGUCAGCUUGGAGCUCAAGGUCCUGGACAACGAGUCGGGAGACUCCUUGGACAGGCCUACAGACAAGUCCAGAGCCACCACCUCAGCAACUAACAGUGUUUCCAGCCUAACCACUAUCAGUAUUAAGGACAGGUGCUCCAACAGCAUGGAGUCCCUCACAGGGAGACACCUCUCUCAGACUAAGCAGGGCAAGGGCGUCCAGAAGCCGCAAAGGCAAGCACUUUAUCGAGGAAUUGAGAACCGAGAAGAGGUGGUAGGUAAAAUCCGAAACCUUCACACCGACUCACUGAAGAAGCUGGCCCUGAAAUGUGAAGACUUGUUCAUGGCCGGACAGAAAGACCAGCUGCGCUUCGGGGAGGACAGCUGGUCCGACUUCAGGCUGAGCAGCGACAAGCCGUGCUGCGAGGCGGGCGAUGCCGUUUACUACCCGGCUUCUUACGCAAAAGAUCCUCUCAACAACUACGCAGUCAAGAUCUGUAAGAGCAAAGCUAAGGAAUCCCAGCAGUAUUACCACAGCUUAUCCAUCCGGCAGAGCCUGGCCAUCAACUUCAACAUCCAGCAGGACUGUGGCCAUUUCCUUGCUGAGGUGCCUGUUCGCCUCCUCCCGUGGGAGGAUGACGAUGCUCCAGAGGUGGAGGAAGGGCAGAAGGAGGAGGAGGAACCCGAGCGGAAGAACAGGGAGCCCCCUUCCAGCACAGAGGCCUCGCAGAAAGACAGCUCGAGCGGCCAGGGCACCAUGAGCAAGCAGCGCAGCCGCGUCGUGGUCAUCACGCGGGAGGUCCCCUACUUGACGGUGGCCGACUUCGUGCGGGAAUCUGCACCCCGCCAUGCAAAGUGCCCGGAUCUAUACGAGAGGCAGGUCUGUCUGCUCCUUCUCCAGCUGUGUCUGGGCCUGGAGCACCUGAAACCCUAUCAUAUCACACACUGUGAUCUGCGGCUGGAGAACCUGCUGCUGGUUCAUUCCAGACCAGGGGGCAGCGCUCUGAACUCCGAGUCUGUGGAGCCCAAUCCCAACACUGCCUGCCCAGCCAGGCUGAUCGUGAGCAACUUCUCCCAGGCCAAGCAGAAGAGUCAUAUGGUGGAUCCUGAGGUCCUCCGGGAUCAGUCCCGUCUGGCUCCGGAAAUCAUCACAGCAACGCAGUACAAGAAGUGUGACGAGUUCCAGACUGGCAUCCUCAUCUACGAAAUGCUGCACUUACCCAACCCCUUUGAUGAGAACCCCGAGCUGAAGGAGAAGGAGUACACCCGUGCUGACCUCCCCAAGAUCCCUUGCCGUUCCCUCUAUUCCCAAGGGCUCCAACAACUUGCCAGCUGCCUGCUGAAUCCCAACCCUUCAGAGAGGAUCCUGAUAUCGGAAGCCAAGGGAAUCCUUCAGUGUUUGCUGUGGGGUCCACGCGACGAUUUGUUCCACGCGCUCCGUGCGUCGUCCAACCCAGCGCGAAGGGAUGCCGUGCUCCAGAACUGGCUGGACAUCAAACGGACGCUGCUGAUGAUCAAGUUUGCAGAGAAGUCCUUGGACAGGGACUGUGGAGUUUCUCUCGAAGACUGGCUCUGUUGUCAAUACCUGGCGUUUGCCACUACCGACUCGCUUCACCGCGUUGUGCGGAUCAUGCAGCAGCAGCACUAGUUUGCAGAGCCUGUUGCUUUUCACGAAGCCUCCCCCUGCGCCAGCCCUCACUCCAGCCUGCCCUCGGGCUCACACUUCCUACAAGUGUU